AUGCAAGACUUUGUUUAUAGACUCCAACAAAUCACAAAAUUGCCUGAUUACACAUCAAUUAUUCUCAAUGGAGAGAAGUAUGAAGACGAUCUGUUUCCUCCCAAAGCAUCCUCUAUCUUUUCUAAGAGGCAGAACAAGUUUGAUGAUGAGAAGAAAAGUCAAUUUGAAGAGAGAAUUGAAUGGAAGCGUUUGCAUGAUCUUUACCCUGAAUCUGACAUGGAUCUCAUCAAAGAUAUUUCUGUCAAAGAUGUCAAGCAAGGCCAGCUUGGAGACUGUUAUUUCAUCUCAACCCUCAGAGGGCUGGUGGGAUCGCAUCCAAAUGAGAUCAAGAAGAUCUUUGUAAACAAAAGAAUCAACAAGUCUGGCAUUUAUGUGCUUAGAUUUUUGAUAAAAGGACAUCCAGAGUUUAUCACUGUUGACGAUUACGUUCCAUACUGCAAUUAUUCUAAAACCCUGGCUUUUGCCCAGAAAAUGACCAAAAAUAUCUGGCCAAUACUUGUUGAAAAGGCUUGGGCAAAGAUCAAUGGAAGCUAUGAAGAUAUUGAGAGAGGGAGCCCUACCGAUGGUUUGGAUUCUCUUGUUCCUUACUCUAUACAGAGUUUUACAAAGGAUGAUCUUGAAGGGAAUAGUGAACUUGAAGAGAACAUUCAUAAAGCUUCUAAGCUUAAUUAUAUUUUAGCUGCUUCAUCGAAAGUUACAAAAGGAGAACCAGAUAGAAAGUUGCAUGUGGAGGAUCCUCUUAGCGGAAUUAUUUCUGACCAUUGCUAUAUUAUUUCUGGAAGCUACAAAGUCAGAAUAGGAACAACGAAUGAACACAUCCUUAAAAUAUCUAAUCCGUGGGCUACUCAAACUUAUAAGGGAACUUGGUCAGAUCAAGACUUAAAAUGGACAGAGGAAUUAAAAGAAAUGGUAGAUUUUAGCAAAAAGAAUGAUGGAGAGUUCUAUACAAGCUAUAGUAAUUUCAUUCAAUGUUUUGAGUCUGUGACCAUAUGAAAAUGUAAUCCUUUCUUGCGAGUAAUCUCCAGAAAGAUGUCUCAUAAACAAAAUUCAUACAUCCUAAUAAAUCUUACUUUACCGACUAAUACUGAUCUGUCUAUCAAUAUUCAUCAAUACAUGAAAAGGCUAUUCAAGCCAGAAGACUACAAACCUGGUAACAUAAGGGUCUUAAUUGCUGAGAAAACUGAGUACCCUAAGUCUCCUUUCAAGUAUGUCAUUGGGGACUACAAAUAUGAUACAGAUCUUCUAAGUAUCGACUCUCCAAUGAUUUUGAGAAAGGGAACUUAUUAUAUGUACAUUCAGCUAGACUGAGAGGAUCAAUUAGACGCUCAAUUUUCAUGAAAUAUGAUUGGCUCUGAUAUGAUAGUCAGUAAGGUGUCUCAUUCAGAAUUCGGAUUCUUCCUAAUCAACACAUUGAAGGAUUAUGCAAGGACGAAAGUUGAAAAUUCCAGAAUAAGCCCAAAAGAUGCAGGGUUUAUUACUAAAUUUUUCUAUUCUUACGAAACUGCUGGUUAUGGAUUAUAUUUAUUUACCAAUAAUUCUCAAAAUGAUUCAACUGCUCUUGAGAAAGUACAAUUUACAAAAUUGGAGGGUCUCAAACUUUUAGAGACAAGUAUAAGACAAAAAGGAGUGCAUAUUUCACCAAUCUUAGACAAAGAUAAAAUCUUUUCAGAGAAAUAUUUAGAAGUGAAGCCAGGCAGAGAAAGAUUCCUUCUUGUAAAAAUGAUAGAAAGACAAUGUCAGUCAGAAUAUAAUUACUUUACACAUAUCAGAUACUGUGUCAAUAAUCUGAUCAAGAUGUGUCUCAAAGAUGGGAAGAAAGAGGCUAUCACCAAUCCAUUUGCUCCUAAAGAUGUGAUGAACUACUACUAUCUCUUCCAUGACUAUGGGGUGAUCUUUAUUUUCGAAAACAAGAGUAAGACUUACACUCUUGAUGAAUAUUUCACCUUAAAGAAACUUGAAAAUUACAGGCUCACAAAUCAAGAUUUGCAGCUGAGCAAGCAUAAACCAUUCUGGAAGUUUACAGUUAAACCCAAGAAACGUGUAGUAAAGCACCUUCAGAAAAUAAAUAUGGGUCUGAAAACAAGCUUCCAGUAUAAUUAUAAUCAUAAAUUUAUAAAGGCAGGUGAUCUAGAAAGCUCUGUGAUAGAAAGAGACUCUCCUGAAGAAUUAUCUGAUUUGGAAGUAGCUACCAUUAUUACUCAAAAAGGGGUCAAAUGAGCUAUUAAAAAUCCAAAUUCUGAAGAGCCUAUGAAGAUUUACUACAAGUAUUACUUCUUUGGACCGUUCUAUGGCUUUUUAUUUAAGAAUGAGGAUCCUAAUUAUUUCUUUAAAGCAGACUUCAAGUUCCAGCUUCAAAACUUGAAGCUAAAAGAUCCGAGCAAAGGAUCCAAAGAUACCUGGACCAUCAAGCUAGGCUACAUGCAGUCACAAACCCCAAAGCAGCAUCCAAAGUGGCCUUCACCUACACUUAUACCGCUAAAUAAAAACCCUAAACCAACGCCUGCACUUCUCAUCAUUCCAAAAAUUCAAUUAUUUGUUUAA